AUAAUAACAAUGAAAGGAAUCAGGACUUUGGUUUUGCAGGAUCUUCAGCAUGUCUUGCCUCCUAAGGGUUUACAGAACCGACUGGCAUCGAGCUACCAACUAUCAUCGUCGUCGCAACUGCACACGAGCCCUCCGUCCGGUCGAUUUUGGAAUUUUUUCGAGUUCUCGUCGAAAGAGGAGGCAUGCCGUGACGCGGAGAAGUGUACCUCGUCGAAGGACAUUGUGUCACCGUUGCUCUCAGCCAAUCAGCUCGACAGCGUCAGGAAACCGCUGUCGGUGAACGCGGCCGUCGCCCCUUCGGCUCUCUCGUUGAUCCCGAAGACGUACGGCUUCGACUUGAAAAAUGCGUCGAUCAGUUGCCUAAAAAUUCCUAGACCGUUGAGACAGGACAACUUAAUGUCCAUGCUGGACGGAAAUCCGGUCCCGAGGACGUUGAAGUGGAAGCUGAAGGGGUACAAGACACUGCGGAACGAGCAAGCCGGUGACUUCGCGUUUGUACCCGGUGGCAAGUCUUACGACUUCGACAUCCUCUCUCGGACCGAGUACGGCGAGUUCUUGAACGAAGCUAACUGCGUGAGCAAGAGUCUGGUCAAGCAGCAAAAAAUUGCUCCACCAAAGUUAGAGAACACCGCUAAGAAGGAUACUUUGUGUCUGACCGCAAAAGCGAUUGAGAAUAAAGAGAAGGCAGGGUAUGUGAAUAAACUGGAACUUGGAAAACUCGAUGUUGCCAAGGAUGAAAUCAGCAAAAUGGAGUCGAGCAACUUGCCUGCUGUUUUGGACACCCCGGAGUCUACAACCGGUGUGCCAAAGCUGAUCGCCAGUUCCCUUCCCAAGAAAGAAGAUAUACAGUUCCUUCCAGUGUCGAAGGCAGAAUUCCCAGUCGCUCCAAUAAAGAAUCAGACACAACCAUCGGCUCAAUAUUCUUCCCAACCGAAGAGACCAUCGAGUCCAUCGUCUCCAGCGAUGUUGACCGACAAUCGUUCUCCAGCUAACAGUCGGCAGGAACCACCGAUGGAAUCUUACGAAGAUAAACGAGUUUCUGAACACGCCGAACAACAAGCGUCUUCCGAACCGUCGAGCCGUUACGAAAAUUACCCUGAAGUUACCGAAGAAGUUAGCCCGAAAUGGUCCACCGUGGAAGAAUCGGUCGCCAACCAGCAAUUGACGGAACAGAGACUCCACAGCCAUCAACUGCCACCGAAGGCACCUCAGACCAAAAUGGACGCUGGUCAAGUUAAAUCUGAGAGAAGAUUCGCACGGAAGGGUCUGAACAUAGCAUCCCAGCCCAUGCAAGGCGAGCUGGAAACGUCUACGUACUUCGCCCCUCGUCCCUUCAAGCGUACAAAACCAUUGAAUCAAAAAGAUUUAUCGAGGCCUGAUUACGAAUCCAUAAUCGGUAUUCCUAGACAGAGUUUACAAUUAAAUAUCUCCAGACCUGUUCAGUCCAGACCGACGAAGUCGUCUCCAUGCGCCGCGACUCAUGCCAGAUUACUGCAGGGUACUAGAAAUUCGGAUCCUCAGGGAUACUCUGGACAUUCCCUUGGAUCUACUGGCAAUGGCUCGAUGGCUGGAAGCUCGGGCGGAGGCUCGCGAAAACCUCCUGCAGCCUAUCCUCCCAUCACGUCGAAAAGAUCGUCGUCCAACAGCUCACAUUUGCAGGAUUCACCGUUCACUAGGAGGAACGAGAUUGCCUCGCGGACGAAUCUGAACACAAACAAGAACUCUGCAUCGAACCUUUCGACGUCCAGCGCUAAUCAGUCGAGGAGGUGCUCAGAAGGCGACGACAGGUGUUCUAGAAACACGUGCGGCAGACGCAAGUGUGAGAGGGAACGACCGAAAUGCAAGGAUGACAGGCCGAGAAAAGACAAGAAGAUUUGCAAACGUUAUUGCUGUCCCGCGCUGCAAACGCCAACCUGCUGCGAUUAUAACAAAUUCCAAUGCCCGAAGGAUCCGCCCAUUCGUAAGAUACCAAAGGUGAAGCCGGAUCAUACUUGCUUGCCGCAAGAGAAACGGGCAAAAAAGAGGGAUCAGGAUCAUGGUGGCCAAGAAAUUUGUACGACCCCAACGAGGAGAAGAGACCGUGAUCGUUCUUGCAAGAGGGAGAGACGCGAGUGUAGUAGGGAUAGAAGUUGCGAUCGGCGGCAGCAGCAGCAGCCCUGCCAGAGACAGAGGAGACCGUGCAAGAGACAGGAGCGUGAAUGUCCGCGGCAGCAGCAGCAGCAGGAAGAACAACAGGGUGGCCGCGAGUUCUGCACAAAUCCGAGGAGACGGAGAGAUUGCAAACGCGAGAGAAGAUGCGACGACCAGUGCAACCGAAGAGACCAAAAAUGUUCAGGAAGGAGGAAUUAUACUCAAUCCGCGUACAAGGAGCGGCCGAAGCAGACGCAUACGAACCUGAAGCGUUUCUCGUCGCUCCCAGCUUUCGCCGUACCUCUGAUCGGCAUAAGGGCGACAGCUGAGAAGAAGCCGAGUUUGGUCAGUUCACCGUCGAAGGUCAGAUUUUACGUGAAGGAGACGCCGUCGGUGAUGUCCUGCAAGGAUAAAAAAUCUGAUACGAAGUGCAAGAAGGACGAUCCUUGCGCGAAGGCGGGAGGGUAUUGCGACGGAAGGGCGGAAGGCUCCUGCAAGGAACGUGCGAGCAAGACGAAGUGUGCACCGCCGAAGAAGCAAGACCCUUGCAAAGGUAGAAAAGCGGAUCCUUGCAAGGCGGCGACGAAGUGCACUCACACACCCAGAAAGGAGGAUCCAUGCAAAGCGGCGAGCAAAGGGGGCUUAUUGUCUUGCGGUAAGAUAAGGACGGAAAAGCACAACACAGUAUGCCAACCGAUGUGUUGCGAGGGUUGGAAGAAGGAGAAGGAGAGGGCCUGUUGCAAGAUCAAAUUGCAAGAGUCUCAGUGUGGAAAAAAGAAGGAUGAUAAAUGCAAAGAUACGAAGAAAGCAUCUUGCGCUCGGGACAACGACGAGGAGUCUGAGAAGGCAAGGGCGGAAAGGAUGGAAAGGGAGCGGAAGGAGAUCGAGGACUGCAAGACAAGAGCCACGGAAUACGAAGAGGAUAAAAAGGAGAAGAAAAGUACCGUGACAUGCAAACAGCAGAAGAAAAAGGGCAAAGAUAACACUACCGGUCCCUGCGCCAGGUUCUCCACUAUUUCCUCCUCCGAUAUGUCACCCCUUAUGAAUGCGUGGCCCAAAGCCUUUAUGAAGCACGACAGCAGCAAAUUACCAAAUGUGCCGUUAGAUCGAUCCUAUUCCACCGUAAAAACAACGAACUCCGACGAGUUCGGUGCUGAAUUGGGCACCGAGAAUAACUUUUGGAGUUUCAACGACAACGACAGCGGAUACGAGGAGCUGCCUGUACCGGUCGUGAUCGAGAACGACGACGUACCGGACAACGACUCUUCUGGCAGUUCUAAUUGGUUCUUCUCUUGGUACGAUCAAAAUUAGGAAACUUCAGUAUAACGAGGAGAACGCACCGCAUUAUAAAAGUUAUGUAUAUUUCUACUGUACGUCCCGCAGUAUAGUCUACUACUCUUUGCACAAAAAAAAAAAAAUGAAAUGGAAAAAUGCACGUCGAACUAGUACGAUUCUAUACAUAUAUGUAAACGUAUACUCAAUGAGUAAUUCCAUAUUUCUGGUAACACAUACCAAUAAACACUUCGUCCACGUAUCGUUCGUUGAUCUUUAUCGAGCUAGAAGCGUCUGUACGAUCUAAUAAUUAUUCCGCCCGGUGGCACGAUUCGUGGAUCAAAGUUCGCCUCGAUCGAGGCGAGUGUCGCGGCCGGUUACGGGACGUCUUUGUGCAAACACGAUAGAGGCGUACGCGUGAAUGGAGGGCUAGCAAUUAUGGGUUAUUCAGGUCUCGCCACGGGAUACCCGGGGUGCCGUCACCAUGGAAUUUUUCGUACGCGCGUAUACCUGGCGCCAAUCCCCUUUUUACGUUCCGCGUACAGGACUGUUGAACGGCGCGCUGCCGAAAAGAGGGGAAC